AAUAACUAUCACAACCAGAAUCCCUAGCUGGGCUGAGUUUUCUGACAGUCGCGUCUGAUAGGCUGGUUAGAGCGACGCCGUGAGUGCUAUAGGGGAGUAUCAGGAAGGAAGGCUCUACGGUAGCUAGGCUACAAAUAUCGGCCUGACAGAGAGAGCGUUACCCAUACAUUUUACCGGAUACAUUUUCUAUUCUGUUGUCGUUUAAACCGAUUGGAAGAAGUGUUGUCUGUGUGAUUCGCCAUGACGACUGAAUCAGGAGCAGACUCCGAGCCCAAGCAGCAGCAGCAGGACAAAGGAGGGAAGGACAAGGCGAAGGCAGCAGAACACUUCCCAGCCGCGGCUGGACACAGCACACCUGCCAGGAAUAACCAGUUUGAGGAAGACCUGUCGUCAACCAGGUCAUCAACCAGUCGCCUGUCAAUCAAGUCUCCACUGAGGGGAGUCAAGAAGCUGAAGAAUAUGCAGUGUAAAAUCACCCUGCUAGAUGGCUCCGACUACACCAUGACAGUGGAUAAACGAGCCAGAGGCCAGGUGCUGUUUGCCAAGGUGUGUGACCAUCUGAACCUGCUGGAGACGGACUACUUUGGCAUCACGUACCGCGACGUGGAGAACCAGAAGAACUGGCUGGACCCUAACAAGGAACUGAAGAAGCAGAUAAGGACUGGCCCCUGGAACUUUGCCUUCAGCGUCAAGUUCUACCCCCCAGACCCUGCACAGCUGUCUGAAGACAUUACCAGGUACUACCUGUGUCUCCAGCUGCGUGAUGACAUGGUAUCCGGUCGUCUCCCCUGUUCCUUUGCCACCCACACCAUACUGGGCUCCUACACGGUCCAGUCAGAGCUGGGGGACUACGACCCAGAGGAGACGGAGUACAACAGUGAGCUCCGCUUCGCUCCCAACCACACCAAGGAACUAGAGGACAAGGUCAUGGACCUACACAAGAACUACAAAGGGAUGACGCCAGCUGAAGCAGAGUUGCACUUUCUGGAGAAUGCCAAGAAACUGUCCAUGUAUGGGGUAGACCUCCAUCACGCUAAGUUGGUAGGAAGCCUGUUUGAGUGUUUGGCUCCAGCUAAAGGCGAGGACUCUGAAGGCAUAGAGAUCAUGCUAGGAGUGUGCUCCAGUGGUCUCCUCAUCUACAGAGACAGACUGAGAAUCAACCGCUUCGCCUGGCCCAAGGUCCUCAAGAUCUCCUACAAGAGAAACAACUUCUACAUCAAGAUACGCCCCGGAGAGUUUGAGCAGUUUGAGAGCACGAUUGGCUUCAAGCUCCCCAACCACCGUGCAGCCAAGAGACUGUGGAAGACCUGUGUUGAGCACCACACGUUCUUCAGACUGGUGUCUCCAGAGGCCCCGCCUAAGAAGUUCCUAGGUCUUGGUUCUAAGUUCCGCUACAGCGGGAGAACCCAGGCUCAGACCCGGAGAGUGUCCUCUCAGAUCAUCAGGGCCGCGCCCAUCUUCGAACGCUCCUCCUCCAAACGCUACACCAUGUCGCGCAGCCUGGACGGAGCACCCGUAACAGAGAACCACGACACCCUGAUGAGGGACGCCACGCCCGCCAAAGCUGACGCCGCGGGAGACCUGAUCACCACGGUAACGCUGGAGAAGAAGGCAGAGGAGGAGGAGGAGGAGAAGGCUGAGGAAGAGGAGGGACAGAUCAACGCUACAGAGACGUCAGACCCUAAUGUCCCCUCAACCCCCCUCAGACACGACAACAAGCGCUCCCCAUGUCUGUACUCUUCUGACCCCCUCCGCUCUGAGCUCUCCCUCCCCUCCUCCCCCGUGGCCUCCACUAAGGUCCGUCGGCGGCGCAGGGAGAACGCGUCACGUAAACGCUGUGCCUCUGUCAGCCCGGCUAAAUCCUCGGCGGGGUGCCGUCGGCGCCAGGCCAAAGCGGACCGCGCCGCCGCCCUCCUAGAGGAGCAGGUGUUACUCCUGUCGGCCCGCAAACAGCGUCUAGAACAGCUGAAGGCCCACAGGAGGCGGGGCGGCACUCUGUUCUCCUUCUCCCUGCACCUCCCCGACCUCUCUUCCUACCUGGACGAGGACGGUUACCUCACCUUCCCCGACAUCACGGAGCUCACCUUCCUCCCUGAGAGCGUGCAGCACUUCCGGCCCUUCAGGUCACCCUCUCUCAUCCCCUGCUUCCUCUUCAUCUUCUUCUUCCUCCUGUCCACGUCGUUCUCGGUGCCCUACGCCCUCACGCUGUCCUUCCCGCUGGCGCUGUGCCUGUGCUACCUGGAGCCCAAGGCGGCUUCCCUCACCGCCUCCAUCGCUCAGGGCCUGCAUCACCAUGACAGUUGUUCAGAGGAAGAGGAAGAGACGGACAGCGAGCAAACUGACUUUGCCUUCGACGGGGAAAGCACGGUCACUGAGUCGGAGCCAGAAGAUGAUUAUUCUGAGAUGAGGACACAGAACACAGAGGCGUCGGAGGAGCUGGUGAAACAUCAGAGAGACAUCAGCGAACUGAAGCGCUCCUUCCUGGAGACGUCAGGUGGCGCUGACACCCUGGGACAGACAGAGUGGGAGAAGAGACUGUCGUCGUCUCCUCCGGCACGCUCCCACAGCGGGGGAGUGGAGGAGGCACCCAUGAUAGAACCACUACACACCCCACAGGACCCAGUAAGAUCCAGGCCCUGGGAGACGGAGGAGGUUCCUGCUGCUGAGGAAGAGAUGAAGCAGGAGGCUGCAGGCAUGGUGAACUCUAGCGAUGUGGGGGCGGGGACUGCAGGAGCACAGGGGUGUGGUCUGAUGACUCUAACUGACACCUUAGAAGACGUCACCAGUGACUGGACGGACAGAGAGACGGACGGAGAGAAGGACGGAGAGGAAGAGAGGUUUCCACUAUCUCCAGAGCUGAAGAUAAGUCCAGGGACGGUCAGACAGGAAGUCUCUACGGCCAUCUUGGACAAGAGAGGAACACUCAUCAUCCUGAGGGAGAUGGAGUCUGAAGACAAAAUGGAUGCCAGUGACAAAACGGACGCCAGCAGAGACGUUACCAAGACCAACCAGGAGAACGGAGGGGGGACUUCAGCAACUGUUGAGGAGGAUGGUGAGGAGCUAGACGGAGAUCCUCUGGCCCAAUCUAAGAAGAAAUAUGCCAUAAUCAACACAAAUGAAGAUGAGACCGGUGGUGAGGUAGAUGCUGAGACCAGCAACAAGAGACAGAUGUCUCUCAACUUAAGCCAGACGGAGAUUGGUGAAGAAAUGAAUGGUGUUAACUCACUGAAGAUGAGUGGUGUUAACUCACUGAAGAUGAGUGGUGUUAACUCACUGAAGAUGAGUGGUGUUAACUCACUGAAGAUGAGUGAUGUUGACUCACUCCAGAAGACUCCAAGUCCCUCCGAGGUCUUGAUCAAGACAGUUGAAAGGUCAGAGUUCACCACCGUGUCACAUGAGGAGGUGACAGAGCUGAUUACCCAGGAUGCACCACCACAGAGAGAGGAAUCGUGUGGCCUGGAUGAAGCUGUGAGCGACCUAUCACAGUCGAGUUUCCCCGACGGUCAAUUUGACACCAAACCAUCAUCUGGAUCUCGAGCCGUGAGCUCAGCUGGAGAGGAGGGGGAGACAGGAGGGAGCCAGGAGGGAGCCGGGAGGGGGCCGGUAGGGAGCCAGGAGGAUGCUGAGACAGCAGAGUCUACGGGACCUACGAAACCAGAGGCUGUGCCAGCGGAGGAGCCGACCGCCAAGGAGAAUCCUAUAGUCCACACAGAGACUAAAACCAUCACCUACGAGUCUUCAGAGGGUGACUACAAUGGUGACGCGGAACCCGGUGUUCUGAUGAGCGCUCAGACCAUCACCUCGGAAACCACCAGCACCACCACGACCACACACAUCACUAAGACGGUGAAGGGAGGGGUCUCUGAGACCAGGAUAGAGAAGAGGAUCGUCAUCACAGGAGAUGCAGGAGAUAUCGACCAUGAUCAGGCUCUGGCCCAGGCCAUAAAGGAGGCCAAAGAGCAGCAUCCUGACAUGUCAGUGACCAAAGUAGUGGUUCAUAAAGAGACAGAGAUCACACCUGAGGGAGAGGACUGACCCAGGAGUAAGACCCAGGACAGUUUUAUAUCCCCUUGGUGGAAGGACUCCAACCUCCAGCAUCCAACUCCCAACGUCACGAUGGGUUUCAUUACAUUACUGUGCUGCCUGCUAAGGCCCCAUUAUAACUACAGCCACCCUACUGUUCUAUAGACAGUCUGCCCUAUAGAAAUAUCACCUGUAGAGCGGGCUUCCCCCAUUCAAGUCAAUGAUGGCAUAAUAUAUUGUAAUUUCAAUGCUCUACGCUCUCUAUGGUUCCCGAUCCUAACCUGAGUUCCAUGUGUUUUUAAUUUGGCUUUACUGCCUAAAUCGUCCGUUGAUGUCAAUGGGAGAUUUUAAAGUCAAAUGAUGUAGUUAGGAAUCUGGAGUUAAGACGUAUGCCUAUCACCAGUCCCAUCCGUCAUUGUCAAAAUGUAUAUUGCAUGAGCAGAAUGACGCAAUGUUGCAUUAUUAUUACAAAUAAUUAUCAAGAUUACUACUCCGAAACUGUCAGAUAAUAAACAAACGGGUUAUUUGAUCCAUCCACUUGCGCACGCUGAACUCUACAACAGGCAAAAAACGGUUGAUUCGUUUACCUGCCUUGCUAUCCAUUUGGAUGAGUUUUUUAAAGAUUAUAUUAUAACAGUAAUUACUGUCAGCGUUUUGUUUUAUUUUUAUUUAUGAAAUGAAAAGUCAUCACUCCAAAAAAGUUAAACUGCUGUAGGCUUUAUGUGACAACGUUAGAGCACACAACAAUAUUAUUAUUCAUAGAUGACACCACCUCCUCACUCCAUCGUCUCAGAUCUACAGUGACGGAUAGAAAUGCAACCUGAUCGAGUUCUGUUCGUACGUGAGCUGUCCUAGGCAACAAAAAAAACUGCAAAACGCAGGCAGAUUAUAUCUCCUAUAUUCAGCAACAAGUGAUUUUAUUCAUGUUGUAUUUGUAUUUUUGUCUGAUCAUUUGUCAGUAUUCUUUAUUCAACCAGCAUGUUUCAAAUAGCCUGUGUCCCAGAUCGGUUUGUACUCUUGUGUCCCAGAUCGGUUAGUGCUCUUGUGUCCCAACUCCUUAUCACCCAUUGAGUGAAUAGCACAACCCGACUGGCACCCAGGCUAUAUUUGAGACGGUGAAAAGUCUGAAAGUCUGUUUUUAAAGGGUUUACGGAGUUGUGUUGUUGUGAUCUAUCUGCAAACGGACACAGAUGGUAUGCAUUCUCCUCUGUAUUAGUUAAGGGCUGGACUACAGUUCUCUCGAUGCUGUGUUUGACUGACCGAAAGGCCAAGGACUCAAACUAACAGAACUGCUCUGUCCAGACUGACAUAUUUCGGUCCCAAAUAGCACCCUAUUCCCUAAUAUAGCGCACUACCUUUAACCAGAGCCAUAUAUAGGAUGCACUAUAUAGGGGAUAGGGUGAUAUUUGGGACUGCCAGUCAAUCGUGUGAAUGUCUCCGGCAGCCAUAAUAGCUCUGUUCCACCAGUAUCAUUGGUGUAAAGUUGCUCCUAGACACUGAUCUCGGGUCAGUUUUUUUGCAUUUUCCCGACUAUGGCUAAGGUUGGGAAUGGGGGAGGGGAAGCUGAUCCUAGAUCUGAAUCUAGGGUUGAUUUCACCCCAGAGCCAGUAUCAUCAGUAUAAUAAUAAUAUAUAAUAUGCCAUUUAGCAGACGCUUUUAUCCAAAGCGACUUACAGUCAUGCGUGCAUACA